AAGGCUGAUGAUGAUGAUGAUGAUGAUAUGUCCUCCACCUAGUUUCUUCUUACAAACAAAAUCCAUCUCCAUCUCUAUCUUAACUGGUUCCUUUCUCUUUCUGUACUCAUUGCCUCCGAUUUCUCGGCUCCUGGCCUGCCCUAGGGUUUCUUAGCCUUCCACUUCUCUGUCAACAAGCCUUAAACCCAUACAAAACCUUUCUUAAUCCGUACACAUUUCACCAAAAAUAGAAAAAAAUAAGUACUUGACUAUUGACUAGAACCAAGCAAUUCAUGGCCAAAACCAAACCUGGCAAAAAAGACCUUGAUUCCUACACUAUCAAAGGCACCAACAAAGUUGUUAGACCUGGUGAUUGUGUGUUGAUGCGCCCAGCGGACACCGAUAAGCUUCCAUACGUGGCACUUGUAGAGAAAAUCGAGGCAGAUCAUGGAAACAACGUUAAAGUUCGUGUACGGUGGUACUACCGGCCGGAGGAAUCCCUUGGGGGAUGCCGUCAAUUCCACGGAGCCAAAGAGUUAUUCUUGUCAGACCACCAUGAUGUGCAAAGUGCACACACAAUCGAAGGCAAGUGCACAGUGCACUCCUUCAAGAACUAUAGUAAGCUUGAGAAUGUUGGAGCUGAGGAUUACUUUUGUAGGUUCGAGUACAAGGCUUCCACCGGUGGGUUCACUCCUGAUCGUGUAGCUAUUUACUGUAAGUGCGAGAUGCCAUAUAAUCCAGAUGAUCUAAUGGUGCAAUGCGAGGGAUGCAAAGAUUGGUAA